ACAUAUCAUCCCGACAAGUCGGAGUAGUCGGAAUACCAUCGGAAGCAACAAAACCUCUUCAACUCCCAAACGCUUCACCGAGGCCCAUGAGAAUGACACACACAUCACGCAACACAAAUGACAACUCCCAAAUUCCCCGCCUUCCGCACAGGCAAACGCCGGCAUGAACAAGGCACCUUCACCCCCGUCCCCAACGGCGCACAAAUCCCCUACGCAAUCCUCGAAGCCAGCGAACCAGGUCCCGUCCUCCUCAUAACAGCAGGCGUGCACGGCUCCGAAGUCUCCUCGAUCGAAGCUGCGCUCCGCCUAAUGCGGCUCGCCCCCUGUCACAUCCUCAAAGGCACGCUCAUCAUCCUGCCCAUCCUCAACAUCUCCGGCUUCCGCGCGCGCAGCAUCUACAUCAUGCCCGAGGACGGGAAGAACCUCAAUCGCCAGUUCCCUGGCACAGCGGACGGGAGCGCGAGUCAGCGGCUUGCGUUUUGGUUGGCGGAGGAGAUGUUGCCUGCUUGCGAUGCGUAUUUGGAUUUGCAUGGCGGGGAUCUAGACGAGGAUUUGCGGCCUUUUGUGAUUUCUAAUAAGGGGCAUGAGCCUUCGCGGGAGCUGGCGCUUGCUUCUGGGUUUGAUACGGUUGUUGAUGGGUUUGGGGCGCGGCCGGUUGCGUCUGCUUGUGCUGCUGGUAUGGGCAUACCCGCUUUGACGAUAGAGGCUGGCCACAAUGGAGUCUGGUCGGAGGAGUCGGUGUCGUUGCAUUACAAUGCGGUUAUGAGGAUCAUGGCGUACCUUAGGAUUGCGAAGGAGCCGUCGAUAGCGGAGCCGUCGAUAGCGGAGCCAUCUAAGCCCAGCCCUCCACGGACGGUGGAACUGUUCGUUCCUGUGGCGAGUGUGAGUGGUUUCUGGUAUCCGCGACAGGCAGUCGGUGCUCUGGUCACCCCUGGAGCUGUCCUGGGAGAGAUCAAAGAUGCGUUUGGGGUGAUGCUGUCGACGAUCCGAAGUGAGGUUUCGGGGGACGUGCUGUACCAGCUCACGAGCCUUUGCGUGAAUGAAGGCGAGCAACUUCUGGGCGUGGCGCACUCUGCACAAUAACAAUGGGGAAAUGAAGCGGUCCAUCAUAAAGUGAACGAAUGAGACUCACAGUGGAGUAUAAGCAAAGGAAGCAAGUCGUCAAGAGCCAGUGAGUGAAAGGUGUACGCAAAAAUAAGGACUUAGGAGUGAAGUGAUAGAAAUGCCUUGAUAACCUGC